CCGCCCACUUUUUUCCAGCUUCAGCAGAGUCGGAGGUUUCUCUGCGACAUGAUUGGCUGCUCUUAGCCACGAGCUUAACGGAUGUGGAGGGUUUUGCAUAGAAAAACUACAGUGCUGCUCGUCAGCUGCAAACUUGUGUAAAGUCUCUCAGAUCCAUAGCAGCCUGUUGUUGCUCUACUUCACUGCCUCGACAUGUCUUCAGACUUGAACACCGGUGAGUCCUAAAUCAGUUUUUCAAAAUGACAGAGCUUGCUCAAUUAUAAAGCUAAUAACAGACCAGCUUAGUACUGUCAGGGCUCCUAAACUCCUAGACUUCUUUUUCAGUCCUAUUUGGAGUCAUACUUUCAGGUCUGUAGUUGUAAGCAGCUGUCUUUGCUUUUAAUUUACACCUUUUCUUCCAUGUCUUCUGUAUUUGUUUAAUUUGCUCGGACAUUAUUCGCCCAAACAAUCUCUUUAUAUAUUUUAAUCAUUGUAUAUGUGCCCAAGUCUGUUCUGUACCCUGUCAUUGUUUGUUUCAACUACAUCAUAUUCACCCAAAGGCACUGUUUAUCAUAUUCAUUUUAGCCUGAAAAAUAACAUAAUGAUUAAAAUGGUGGAUAAAGUGAGGUUUGUACAUCCCAUAGUGCAUCUGCUAUUUUACGACAGUGCGCUUCUAUCCAAGGAAAUAUUUUAUCUCAGCCUAAAGCAGAGAACUUAGACUGAAAUGUAAUAUUUGUUUACCACAGUUUGCAGACCAGUUGUUUUACAGGCUGUUAGAUGUUUUAUAUGCCUUGUGGGCUGUUAGUUUUAUUUCCACUCAUCAAGUUAUUGAAUACAACCCACUGACAUAAACGUUAACUGCAGGCUUUUGCUUUUAGUUUUUAUGUAUUCUCAUUUUUCACCCAGACGAUAUUUUUACAUUUAGAAAUCUCUAAGAUCUUUGAGUUGUUCAUUAUGCGUUUGCUUUAAUCAGGAUUUAAAAUGUUAUAGUUUACAGCUCCUCUGCCUCUUUGCUUUUUUUUGAAUUACUUAGACCAUCUGAACAUUUCUUUUCAGUGAAGUAAUGCGAUUCCUCUCCAACUGCUGUCACAUUUUCCACAGAGCUGGACCUGGAUCUGAAUGAGCUGCUGCAGGAGUUCCAGGAUGUGGUGGAGGAGCUGAAGGCCCCGAGUCACAGCAGGCCUCAUGCGUACCAGCGGGUCCUGCUGGAAGCCAAGAGCCGCACAGCGCUGGCAGACGACAGCUCGGUAGAUGACUCAGACUACGGUGAGUGACUCAGUGGUCAACCUUAAACCAUGUUACUGCUAUCAAGAUAAUGUUUGUGUAGUGUUCAAAGUAUAGGGAGAGAGACACAUUAUUUAUGGAGUUCCCCUGGGUGCUGGUUGAGCUCCUUUAUCAGCCCAAACAACUGCAGCUUGACACUUUUAAUUUGCAUGAAAUUAGCAGUACAAGAGGACACUCCCUGAACACUGUUUUACUCACAACAAUACUGUAGCUGUAGACUCUAAUGAACUGCAAUUGUGGGCAACCUAUCUUCUUUAAUUGUCUGAUUUUUCUCCUUUCUUUCUGUUGUUGCUGGAUUGUUGAUGGUUAUGAGAUGAAAGAGAUUUUCUUGCUCCCAUGCGUCGUCAUUAUUGAAAGUAUUUACCUCCCUAACGUUUCAACAAACAAACCGCUUUCAAAAAACUGCCACCAGGGAGUCACUAACAGUGAUCAUUUGUUUACCUUCAUUUUACCUCACAUUAUUUUUUUUUACCCCUGUUUUGUGUUAAAUUUGUUGUCAUUGUUAUUGAUCGUUUGUAUGCUUUCUGGCCUUAGUGCUCAUCCUCUGUUUAUUAUCUGCCCCCUACCCCCCUCCCUCUGACUACCCCCAGGCAGCGAAGCCUCUUUGGGAAACAGUUUGAACACCAGCGAGGAGGAGCUUCACACGGCAGGCAUCUCACUGGCACCGAAAGGUACUAGAGGCUCCCAUCAGCCCCAUCUCCAUCCAGAUAGCCCCUUGUUCCUUCAGUGAUUGCUAUCGCUUUCUCUCUGAUCACUAUCACAGCCACACAAAAACUCUCUACAUUAGCCUGGGAGCUCUUUUUGUUUUUGCACAACAAAGCCCCUGCCGGUGUGACUGUGACAUCUCGCCCCCCCUCCAAAGACUCCUGCGAGGAUUAUUUGUGCUGUAAUGUGGUGGCAAAAGACACCCAAGUGUAUGCAAAUGAACAAGAGAGAGAGCGUGUGUGUUUUUAGUUGCAUACAGAUGCAUAGCUGACUAUUAAAAUCUCAAAGGAUGAAAACAAGAAGGUGACCAGAGGUUGUGUUCACUCUGUCAGUAUUUACAGAGUAACUUGAGAUCUUUACAACAAAGAUUUUUCUUGUAUCCUUAAAGCUGUCAAGUUUUUUUUUUUUUCAUUCUUUUUUUUAUAGUGCUGAAGAUCAGCUUUUAUCUCAGUUUGUAGAGAAGAAGCUGGAAAUAUUUUUGCCUGUCUACAGCAGUUUGCUUCAUAUGUAAUUCUGGGGCUUAGAUUAGUUUUCAGCUUUUGGUCCAAAGGAAAUACCAUGGCACUGAGCCGUCGUUCUCCACAAAAAUGUUCCACUGCUAGUUUUCUUUUUUCUAUAAUAUAGUUUCUCAUAUUCCAUUCUUCUCUAUCCCCUGUCCGUAGCCAAGCUGGGAGACACGAGUGAGCUCGAGAAUUUUAUCAACAUGUUAGACCAGGAACUUGCAGGUAAGUCUUUAAGAGAAUUACAGCCCAUAUCACUCAAUCUUCCUUUUAUUCCUCAUCCACCUAAGCUGACAAGGCUGCAGUGUGUAGUGGUGGUAGAGACACACACUGAGUGCAUAUAGUUAAUUGGAGCACACAGCAUGUUGUUGCAGCUGCUUUGUUUUUACUCUGCACUACAACCUCCCUUCGACCACAUUUAUCUCUGAGCACCACUUGUGUGUAAAUGCCAUGUCUGGGGACUCAGGUGGGCUAUCUACACGACCUUUGGUGAUAAAGGAUACUUGACUACAUGAGUCUCAUGAUCUCACUAUUAGCAAUAAAGCAGUUGAAGGAACCGCACAUGCAUGGCUCUGUGCACGCACACCAACCCUUUGCUAUCAUCAGAGAAUUAAUGUUACAAAUUAACCGUAACCCUCGCUGCAUCUUUACAAAGUGAGUAGCAGCAUGUGUGUUCAUUAGGUGCUUUUUCUUUCACUCUGGUUUCAAGGCUUAACAAGUUUUUUUCUUCCUCUGCAGAGAUGAGUACAGAGUGAGAAAACGAGCCAUGUGUACGAGGGGGAGAAAGAGACCGGGGCAACACAGCCCAGCAGACAGGCAGAUCUACACCAGAGCAGAUCUAAGGGAGCAAACCCUCCCUUGGCGGCUGCGGGGGGGAAAAGGUUAACAUCAGAAAUUAAAAGGGCACUCCACUCCAAAAAUGCAAGAACACCCUCAGACCCUUUGUGAUGCCACAUCCAUCCGGCAAGGCAUCAUCCCUGCAGCAUCAGAUCCAAGAUGUUUGAUGCUCCCUAAACUAGAAAAGCCUCCAUCUGUCCGGGAAGAGAAAGAAAACACUGCCUGGAGUGUAGAAAGCACGUUCAUGCCACAUUUAAAAUUCCCACAAGUACCAUGCCAGUAAAGGGCCCUAAUUCCUCAGUGCCAUAUUUUUUAAGGAGGCAGAUCUUUGUUUUGUUCAAAAUCUCAAGAGGCACUUUAGAUCCUAACUUAUUGCAAGUCCAAGGGGUUUAGAUCUACUCAUGGGUUGACAUCUCGGGUGUACAGUUUUGUUAUAUCCUUUUUUACAUAAAUUGUUGUACAGAUGAUUUCACAUAUAAAUAAAGCAAAGUUUUGAUAGAA